UGUCGUCAUUUCCCUAAUGUGAAACGGAAACUGGCUAGUUCACGAAACUGAGAAAAGCUGCGAGGGGUGAUGCUUGGACGAAUAAAUAAUCAAAUAACCGUACACACAUACUAAGGAACUGUUUGCAGUUGCUUAUUUUUUUUGUAUAUAGCGCUAUCGACUGAAGAUCAACCACAAUGUCUGCCCAAGCUCAAAUGAGAGCGUUGCUCGACCAGCUGAUGGGAACAGCGAGGGAUGGUUCAGUGUAUCUUUGCCAGCCUACAUCAAUCUGCAAAGGAGUUGCAGAAAAGCCUCAUGUUCAUCGAGCCGUAUGGGCAAGAAAACUGUUCCCAUUUAUACUUUUCUACAGCGGGUUUAAAUUUCUGCUGCUGAGGUCUUGAAGAUGCAGAAGGGGGAUGAGACGCGACAGAGGGUCAAGUUCACUGACGAGCGAGUCUGCAAAAGUCAUCUUCUAAACUGCUGUCCACAUGACAUCCUGUCUGGAACUCGUAUGGACCUGGGAGAGUGCACAAAGAUCCACGACCUGGCGCUUCGAGCAGAUUAUGAAAUUGCUUCCAAGGAGAGAGAUCUGUUCUUCGAGCUUGAUGCGGUGGACCACCUGGAGUCAUUCAUUGCCGACUGUGACCGGAGGACAGAACUUGCCAAGAAGCGCCUGGCUGAGACCCAGGAAGAGAUCAGUGCUGAGGUGGCAGCAAAGGCAGAGAAGGUUCAUGAGUUGAAUGAGGAAAUAGGGAAGCUCCUGGCCAAGGCUGAGCAGCUCGGAGCUGAGGGCAACGUUGAUGAGGCCCAGAAAGUCCUGCAGGAAGUGGAGAAGGUCCGCACUAGGAAGAAGGAUGCAGAGGAAGAAUACAGAAACUCCAUGCCGGCGUCCAGCUUCCAGCAGCAGAAGCUUCGGGUGUGUGAGGUGUGCUCUGCUUACCUAGGUCUCCAUGACAAUGACCGUCGUUUGGCCGACCAUUUUGGUGGGAAGCUCCAUCUGGGCUUCAUCCAGAUCAGAGAGAAACUGGACCAACUAAAGAAAACCGUGGUCGACAAGCAGGAGAAAAGGAACCAGGAGCGCUUAAAGAGACGAGAAGAGAGGGAGAAAGAGGAAAGGAUGAAGAAGAGGACCAGAUCACGGAGCAGAGAGCAUAGAAGGUCCCGUUCCCGUGACCGCAGACGGAGACGCUCGCGCUCCUCAUCGAGAGACAGGCGCCGAUCGCGCUCACGCUCCAGGGAGAGGAGGAGGAGGCAUCGCAGCCGAUCCCGCUCCCGCAGCCGAGGACACCGUCACAGCCACGAGCAGGGCUCCAAACACAAGUCGUCCAGGGACCGAGAGCGCUCAUCCAGAGACAGGUCACGGGAGCGAGACAGGAGGGAUGGCAUGAACGGCAGGUCGGAGUCCCGCCGGGCAGAUGACAGGGAGAUGGGGGACCUCUAAAGACCAGACUUAAUCAAUCACGACACACAACCUCCCGUCUCUCUCACCUGUCUGUCCAUUUAUAAUAACCUAAUGUCACACACAGUCCUUGCCUUGAUCCCUCUGUUCUCCCGCCUGCCUCCUUUCUUUGCUUUUACAGUUAAUGCAGCCAACCCAGAGUGUAUACCUGAAAUUGUAUGGAUUAAAUUUUCUAGCAUCCAGAUAUAUCAGAAGAUGGCAUUGGAUGGAGGGGGUUAGUUAUUGAUCAGUAGUGGAGUGUAUUGCAAUGCCCACAUCUGUAAUCUGGUGGCUGUCUGUAUCCAAUACAUCCUAUGUCUUGUUUUAAACCACCUACAAUGAGUCUAACUGAAAAAGCCAACAUAAACUGAUGGUCUGCUGGGCUGAAGCGUAAAAUGUAACUGAUCCAUAUUUUAUUAUUGACUGAUGGUCUUUUGAUACAGAAUCUGUCUGUAAAUAUGUUUUGGGCCUACUGAUUAUCAUGGUCUGAGAAGCCUCGUCCAAUUAAGAAGUUUGGGGUUUUUUGCCUCUCCCUCUGAAGAUUUCUUUUCACCUGGUAAACGGCAGUUAUUGUCGUACAGCUCGAGUGCAGUUCUUGAAUGUCUGUCCACAUAUACCUAGUUUGCUAAAGCCCAGUUAAAGUUUUAGGAACCCAAUUCAAAACCAAAAGGUUUUAAAGUUGCGAGUAUUAGUAUCAAUCUUAUUUCUCCCCAUGUCCCCUUUUUUUUUCUUUGAUCAACCUUUAUUUUGUUGUCAGUAGUGAAGGGAAUCUAUUUGAGAGUCGGCCAGUAUAAGUUCAUGCUUGUUAUCUUGUUUCUUAAUUUGUUUCUAUCUUGAUUUCUUUUAUUUAAAAUAAUAAAUGGUUACUUCAAAGUUGGUGUCGGCAUGUGAAGCAGUAGGUUCAGAAAUGAUACAUUGGAAAUACAAUGCUAUAACUGUACAUACCUUUAUUAAUUAGUCGUCAUACAUUGAAAUUUUGGCCCAAUUUGGACAAAUUCCUUUGUGAAUAGACUUAUAAUUGCAAACAGAUUUUAAUGGAUGCAUUGCUUUAACCUAAUGUGUGAAGUCAUAUCUGUUUAUGUUCUGCUGGAAGUCUUUCUUUAAAGUCUCAAUAAAAAAAUAAAAAAAUCCCACCAUUUUAAUUUU